AUGAAUCAACAUAGACAUAUAAAUUCUCAACCAACAGUAUCUGAUACAUUAAAUCAAGUGAAUGGACAAUUAACAGAUCACUAUCAAACUCAAUUAUCAAAUGAUUCAAGAACUUUUCCAUUAAAUGCUUUAUAUAGUCGAAGUCCAUCAAUUACAAAUAAACGAAUGUUUCAAGUACGUCGUACAUUUUUAUUAAUCGUUACAUUCGAUGUUAUAUUUAUGGGACUUUUAUGGAUUAUUUAUAAUCAAAUUAAAAAUAUAACAAUUGAUGAAGCUUUUAUAAAUGAUGUUAUUAAAUAUUCAAUAAAAACUUCUCUAUUUGAUGUUGUUGGAUUAUCAUUACUUCGUUUUAUUUUAUUAAUGAUAGCAUAUGCAAUUUUGAAAUGGUCACAUUGGAUUUUUGUAGCUUUUGCAACACUUGGUUCAACUGGUUUUAUCAUUGCUAAAACAUGUGUAUUUACUAUUUCUAAAUCAGACAAAGGUUUUACUGAUUAUGGAAUAUUGAUUGUAUCAUUUAUUUUGGCAUGGAUUGAAAUCUGGUUUUUUGACUAUCGUGUUAUUCCUCAUGAACGUCGUUUACGAGAAGCAUUAAAUCAUAAUGAUCGGCGUCCAUUAUUAGGUUCAAAUUCAAGUCGAUCAACAUCUCCAAUUCCGCCAACUUCUAAUUAUCAUUCCAUAAAUAUUUCUGAUGAACGUGGACAAUCAUUCUAUUCGCCUGUUCCAUCUAUUGAAGGUAGUGAUGCAGAGGAAACUAAUAUACAACCAGUACGAAAUAUUCGUUCGGAUUCUACUAUAUCACAAUCAAUGUUAGGAACACCAACAUCAGUUAUUGAAGAUUAUAAUGAUGAUGAAUAUGGUAAACAAGCCGAUGAAAUUAUUGAAAGAAUCUGGGGUAUAUAUCAAGAUAAUAAUUGUUGGAUACCGGAAUCUAAAAGUAGUGAUGGACUUGAUGUUAUUGCUGCGAAGAAUUUUCCAAAAUGGGGAAAAAUAUUUCGAUUAACUAGUACUGUUACAGGAUCUCGUGAGGAUCUAGUUGAAAUAUUAUUUGAACGUCAAGAAGAUAUGUCGAAAUGGAAUCCAACUGUGAAUGAUUGUAGAAUAUUAGAAGUUAUUAAUACUGAUUUAUAUGUAUCUUAUCAAUUAAUUAAUGAACAAGCACAAGGAAUAAUAGCGAAACGAGAUUUUGUAAAUUUAUCAAUACGUCGAUAUAUUGAUGGUAUUGCUAUAUUAGCUGGGCAAGCUUGUAAUUAUCCACCAAUGCCUGCAAAAGACAAUUGUGUUCGAGGUGAGAAUGGUCCAACUGCAUACAUUGUUGAAAAAAUUGAUGAUACAACUUGUAAAUUUACAUGGUUAUUAAAUGUUGAUUUAAAAGGUUGGCUUCCUCAAUAUUUAAUUAAUAGUUCUCUUGCCAGUGCUCAAUUAACACUUAUUGAAUCCCUUAGAAAUUAUUUAUCCAAAACAGUUGAUAUCACAUCAUCAUUUUCAUCAUCAACCGGUGAUUUAACAACAUAA